UGUUGCCCUUUGCGAGGUGGUGAAGUGUUUAUUGUGGCUCUGUGCAGUGGGCUGGAAUGCAGUUGUGUCUUUGUGUUUUGUGCACUCUUCAAACAAUUUGAAUAACGGCAGCGUUAAUAGCAAUAGCAUGUUCAAAGAACAGUUGCAUUUUGUUGUUUUGCAGUGUAUUAUUUGUAUUCAAUUUCCGACCACUGAUUACGCCCCUCCCCCUCCCACUCCCAAGAGGUUUUCAAAUGUGCAGGUCAUCAAGAAGAAGGAGUAUACAGGAAGUGUCAGGAAGGAUGUGGAAGCUAUGGAGAGGGUGCAGAGGAGACUUACUAGGAUGUUGCCUGGAUUGGAGAACAAGUCAUCUGAAGCAAGUACUACAGGUCUACUCCAUCAGUGAGCUGUUCGUUGGUGGAAGGAGCUGGGCUUGGUGUGGACCGUGUUGCUGCCUGCUGCGAAAAGGCCUUGGAAUCAGAGCAUGAAGGUGGCCUGCAGUUUAACAACGAGUGAUUUUCUUAGUCAUUUUUCUUGUGAUCGCAUGACCCUGUUGGAAAUUGGUAAUAUGGAUGAUGAUGCCAUAGCCCCUGCACUCCACUCCACUUCAUCUUCCCCCACCUGGAAAAUGGUGCCUUAUAUGUCAGGAUGCUGUUUAUUGACUUCAACUUGGCAUUCAAUAUCUUAGAAGCUGGUGGGGAGACUGUCCUCAAUGGGUUUCAACAGCUCUCCAUGUGACUGGAUCCUGGACUUCCUGACAGAGAGAUCACAGUCAUUCUGUGUUGGCAGAAACAUCUCUGCCUCCAUCACACUGAGCAAUGGUUCUCCCCAGGGCUGUGUGCUCAGCCCACUGCUGUUCACCCUGCUGACGCAUGACUGCUUUGCUAGAUCCAGUUCAUACUGAAUCUGAAGUUUUUUGAUGACACAACAGUGGUUGGCCUAAUCAACAAUGAUGAAGAGACUGUAUACAGAGAGGUGGUAGAGCAGCUGGUAGAAUGCUGUGAGCACAACAACUUGAGUCUCAAUGUGGACAAGAUCAAAGAGAUGAUUGUGGACUUUAAGAAGGUACAGGAUAAGCAUAUACAAGGGUCCACCAUGGAGUUAGGAGCAACAAGUUUCAAGGAAUGUCCGAAACAGACGAUCUCACCUAGUUCUUCAACACAACUUGUUUGGUCAAGAAAGCACAGCAGUGUCUCCACUUCCUGAGGAGAUUGAGGCAUUUAUAGGAAAAAAUAAGAAAUACAACAGAAUUUACAACAAUAUGUACAAAGACUGACAAGCAACCAAUGUGGAAAAGACCACAAGCUGGGCAGAUAAAAAAAAAAGUGAGAACAUGAGUUGUAAAGAGUUGCUGGUUGCUGUGAGGCUGCAGGUAUUUUCGGCCAGAUCUCACCAAGGUUCACUCAGCGCCAGUCGUGAGGUUUGAGAGGAAUGACCUGAGGCACAAAUGAUUGCUUUUUGCUGAGAUAUCCACCCCAAAGGAUCACCACUUCCUACCAGAACCAAAGCAUGAAAUCUGAAUGACUGUUAAGGAUCCCAUGCACGGAAAAAGAGAAUAAGUCUGUAUGAAUUACAGGAUAAACCAAAAGAUACAACAAAGAUGACACCUUGUAAAGAACCAAGUUCAGGACCUGCAGGAUUAGUGUCAACGCCAGAAAAAAGAAACUUUGAAGAAGGGCUGAGCAAAAUUGUUUGGAGUGACAAUCUUGAAGUUGUAUGUGAUUGAUAAUUGUUUUCAAAGGGACUCACCAUGAAGUGAACUUAAAAUAAAUGUCCCUUUUUCAUUGGAUUGUUACAAAGGAGGAAUACCAUGCCAGGACUUUAACUCAGUAACCAUUCCCAACAAAUGUGAGCAGAGCUUUCUAAAGACAGCAAAUUUAGCAAAUGAAUCCUGAAGAUCUUCCGCAGAAAAGUACUUGAAGCCUUUCUCUAGGUCAUGGAUCCUGAGUCAAGCACUGCCCACCAGAAGAGUACAGGAAGGUCUGAUCAGAGCCCAGGCAGAAAGUCAAGCAAGGUUGAAGUUGGUCCUCCAGGCGGGAGGUCAGCCUAUCAUCCAGGCCAGCUCCAUCCCCAAGGAAGCCUCGGUGGUGACAUUAUCCCAUCCCAGCCGUGCUUUUCAGCCCCGUUACCCCUCCCCACUGAACGCACCCAUCAACAGGCUCCGGCCCCAGAUCUGCUAAAGCACACCAGUGCUUACUCCUAUGAGCAGGCACACCAUACCUCACCACAGCUGCUACACCAACCCAUGGCGUCUGCCUUCAUGGCUCCAGUAAAGCCAGAUGUUGGCCUGGAGGGGCGGUCAUGGCACCUCUUUGACCCAAGGGGACCAGUGGGUUCUGGGUCGUAUCUACCCUCUGGUCUUCACACACACCGGCAUCUUCUUCCUUCCCAUUCUCCCAUCAUGCACAAGGAGGAGCCUCAGCCUGUCCAAUCUGCCCAUAGCCACCACACUGCUCAGGUUUCCUUAAAGCAGGAGGAGGUGCCCAGAAAGGAGAAAAAGCCUCAGAAACCAGGCAAGUAUAUUUGCCAGUUCUGCAGCCGUCCUUGUGCCAAGCCCAGUGUGCUCCAGAAGCACAUCAGAUCACACACUGGUGAACGUCCCUACCCGUGCCAUUCUUGUGGGUUCUCCUUCAAGACGAAAAGCAACCUGUACAAGCACAGGAAAUCUCAUGCCCAUAAACUCAAAGCAGGGCUGGUGCCCAGUGCCAAAGGAGAGACGUUUCCUGGAACGUCCGGGCCGGAGAUGGAGAAGCUCAGUGGGGACGAACCUGAGGAACACACUGAAGGGGAUGAAAGCACAGACUCCGAAGAUGAGACUGCCGGGAUGAUGAGUCACCCCCUUGAGCUGCCGUCCAAGCACAAGCACAUUCCAACCUGCGGCUCAUCUGGCACUCAUGAAUCGAGUCCCAGGCAGCCAGUCUUUACCUUGGCUCAGCCGAGCGAGACUCCAUCCCUCGAUGAAGGCUUGCAGCUUUCAGAGUCCUCCCUCGACCUGUCCUUCAGUCACAAACCAGAAGACUCGCACACCAUUAAGCAGAAGCUGGCGCUGCGGCUGAGCGAGAGGAGGAAGGCCUUGGCCGACGAGCAAUCCCAGACCUUCCUGAGCCCUGGGAGUAAGGGGAGCACUGAGUCAGGUUACUUUUCCCGCUCAGAGAGUGCUGAACAGCAGCUCAGUCCGCCACAGGCUAGUGCCAAGUCUUAUGCAGAGAUCAUCCUGGGAAAGUACGGCCGCUACGGUCAAAGAACAGCCAUGAUCGCCACUAGCACCACGCAGAGGAUGCAGCAAGUGGAAGAAAAGCCAGCGGGACUGUCAUUUUCUGUGCCCAAAGCCCAGAUGGAACAGAAUGUCAUUGAACAUAUCACCAAACUCAUCACAAUUAACGAAGCUGUGGUGGACACCAGCCAGAUUGAUAGCGUCAAGCCCCGUCGCACUUCACUGUCCAGGCGGGGUAGCAUCGAGUCACCAAAGUUGAGCACCUCUCGAGAUUCAUUUCAGUUUGACCUGAAGUCGCUGGGGUCUGCCAGCCUGAGUUUGGAUGCUAGCAGGCUUGCCUUCUCAGCUGUUCAUCAUGGACACAGUGCCAGUGAGACCGUGCCUCUGACGAGAAGCAAUUCCAUGCCUUCUGCAAGCAGCUCCUGUGCUCCGCCAGCCUUCAAGGGAAGCCAUUCAUUCGAUGACAGAAUGACAGAGCCCGACCAGGCCUUCAGCCAUGGCCUGAUAACGCAUCACCGCAUGCUGAAAAGGCAGAAAGCCAUCGAGCUGCCUUCCGGCAUGGAAUAUCAGACAGAAGAAGCUGGAUAUUCAGCGAAGGAGAUGCAGAUAGCACCUGGCAGGGCUAGUGAAGAGCAAGAGCCCACUGAGACUGACCUCACCAAGAAGACCAAGAAAGGCCCCAGGGCCAAAGGGCUGAUGUAUGAAUGUGAUAUCUGUGGGGCCCGCUACAGGAAACGGAGCAACUAUGAAACACACAAGAAGUAUUACUGCUCAGAACUGCAUGCCCCAAGAGCCCGGCCCUACCUGCCUCCCACCCCUCAGGAGGUGGAGCGCAGGCCCCUGGGGCAUGAUAUCCAGCCGCAGAUCGUGCACUACAAGCUCCGUCCAUCUCUGGAGCUCACUCCGGCGAGGAAGAGGAGGAAAGAGAAGAGCCUUGGAGAUGAUGAGGAGCCCCCAGGUGACUAUGUGAGCAGACCGAGCGCUGUCUCAAUUGCCGGGCCCUGCAGCAGUACCCCUGCCCAGUCUCCACUACUACCGCCCUCUCAGAGCUCGGGCCUCCCGCUGGAGAUGAGCCCCCACCUGGGCAAAGGCGAAGCCCAGCUGGUGAUAGAAGGGAGUUCAGAGCAGAGGGCCAGGUCGAGGGCCACGUCCACUGAGGUGAAGCCUCAUCCAGUGUCUGGCCCCAGCCCGGAUGCCAGUGUCAAGAGAACCACAGGGAAGGAGAUCUCUGUCAUUCAGCACACCAACAAGCUGAGCAGACCCGGUUCCUUCGAGAAGUCAGAGGCCCUGGAGCACCUGGGCCCGCAGGAAGGCCCAUCAGCUGAGUAUUCCACUCAGGCUGGCGAGGCCGAAGCAAUAAGGGCUUGGCAACCAACUGCCGAGCCGACUCGGCCACACCACCCACCUCUGCAAGCCCGGCUGGUCCGCCAACGCAAGAUCCAGGUGCCCGAGAUCCUGGUGACUGAGGAGCCCGAUAAGGUGGAGGAAAAAGAGAAGGAACCGUGCGCCAAGGAACCCGAGAAGCCUGCUGAAGAAUUCCAGUGGCCUCAGAGGAGCCAGACGCUGUCACAGUUGCCUGCUGAGAAACUGCCACCGAAGAAGAAGCGUUUGCGGCUGGCUGAGAUGUCUCAGUCAUCAGGCGAAUCCAGCUUUGAGUCAGCCACGCUGUCGCGGAGCCCAAGUCAAGAGAGCAGCGUUUCCCUUGGCUCUGGCCGCUCGGCGUCCUUUGAUAGGGAAGAGGCAGCAGCAGCAGCAACAGCUCCCAAGGAGGGCAGCGGGAUGACCAUCGAGGUGCACAGCCGGCCCGCUGCCCUGCACAUGCUAACGGUACCCACCCACUACCAGCAGCCACGGGAGAUGAGGCGUUCCUCAUCUGAGCAGGCCCCAGGACACCAACUGCCCUCAGAGGUGGCUGAGACACGCAGCAAGUCCUUUGACUAUGGGAGCCUGUCCUCAGAGUUGGCACCGGCCACCAAGCUGUCAUCGCCUCUCCGGGAACGGCGGAGGUGCUUGUUGGUGCGCCAGGCCACACUUAGCUGCUGUGCCGAGCCCACACCUGACCCCCAGCUCGGGCCCAGGCCGGAGAAGCAGGAGGCACCACUACCGCAGCCUGUGGGAGCCCCAGGCCCACCAUCAUGCUUCCACUCUCCUCCUCCUCCUCCCAGUGCCCUCCAGCCCUACCCCAGCCAAUCGAGUGAUGCCCCACCUCCAGCUGAGACCUUCCAGCUGUUCCAGCUGCCUCUGGCAGCAGAGCAGAAACCAGGUCCACCGCCUUCCUUCAGGGGUCAGAUGUCAGCCCUGCACUCUGUGCCUGACGUGCUGCCAGGCCCUCUGCCUUUCCCCCUCUACCCGCUGCACCACCUCCCACCACUGCCGGCUGACUUGUCAGCCCGACCUUCCUCACUCCUGCCCCCGCCAGCCCUCCCUUUGCUGCCAACUCGCUCCCAGAUGCUCUUCCAGCUGCAGGCUGGGCCUGGAGCCGGCAACUUCAGGGAGCACAAGCCCCCUUCCCGUCUGUCCCCACCAAUCUGCUUGCCUCCUUUCCAGUCACAGCCCGAGUACAGCACAGCUAUUUCCACCGCCUCUCCUUCAGCUGCCCAGCCCAGCAUUACUGAGUCCCCUGAGCCCCUCCGACCCACAGUGUCAUUCACGGUGCCCGUCAGAGUCCAGACCCACAUGCCAACGUUUGGGAGUGCGAUGUACACCACUCUGUCUCAGAUGCUGGUGACGCAGUCUGCAGAGAGCCCAGCCACCGUGGUCAUCUGCAGGGUUGAAGAUAGUAGACCCAAAACCACCCUUGUGUGCAGUGCCGCGGUGCAUGGCAUAGGGCUGGAUCUGGCGCAGGUGAUUGCUGGCCGUCACCAGGACUUGUUCCAGUCACCCUACCUGAGAGUACCAUUGCCCAUGCCAUUUGCUCCAAUGACAGAGGGUACUUGUGCACCAGAGAGUUACCCAUCCACUAUUGGCGGAAGCAAACGGAUGCUGUCUCCAGCGGGGAGCCUGGAGCUGACCAUGGAAACCCAGCAGCAGAAGCGAGUGAAGGAGGAAGAGAUCGAAGAGGAAUCAGAAGAGAAAACAGAAGAAAGAGCAGACAAUGUUGCAAGAAGACAGUCUCACCAGCCAGCAAGAUGCUGCCCAGCUAAGUCCAAAGCCGUAUCUGUCCAGACCUCACCAUCCCUGCAGCUGCCCAGGGCCUCAGAGAAACACGAGCUCUGGUCAGGAAAUCAAUACAGAGGUAAAACUCCCCUAGGCCCAGUGAAGAAGGAAGAUUCCCAGGAGGUGGCCCAAGAGUGGAGUCCAUUACACUUGCAAGAGCUUCAGACACUCACUUCCAGCACUUUACCCAAUCCACCCUCAGUCACCAGUCCUACAAAGCCCAGCAGGGUUGUGAUCACAGAUGUCAGCGAUGUACAGCAUGUACUGCACUUCCCUAGCCUCCACGUCACCACCAGCGUCAGCUGGUGUUACCUGAAGUACACCAAGCCAAACCCCACACAGCAAACUGACCGAAGGUCCUCUGUGUACGCCAGUUGGUGUAUCAGCCUGUACAAUCCCAACGUACCGGGCGUGUCCACCAAGCUAAGCCUUGCACUUCUGAGGUCAAAGCAGAUGUCCAGCAAGGAAGUCUACACAAUGGCCACAGGUCCACAGCGACAGACGGGGAAGUUGGUCCCAUCAAGUACAAGGAAGCUCCGAGUUAGCGAGAUUCAUAUCCCUUCCCUCCUUUCUGGAGAUGGUGGUAAAGAAGCCUUCAAAGUGGAGAAAGAAGAAGAAAGAAGAGAGAAUCGUGAAGAUGAUGGUUCAACGCCGAAAAAGCUGGAGCCGACGCGAAUUAAGAUCUUUGACGGCGGGUAUAAGUCCAAUGAAGAUUAUGUUUAUGUGCGAGGGAGGGGAAGGGGAAAGUAUGUGUGCGAGGAAUGUGGAAUUCGCUGCAAGAAGCCAAGUAUGUUGAAGAAACAUAUCCGCACACACACAGACCUCCGGCCAUACGCCUGCAACUAUUGUAACUUUGCCUUCAAAACCAAAGGGAACUUGACGAAGCACAUGAAGUCAAAGGCUCACAGUAAAAAGUGCCAGGAGAUGGGAGUGACAGUUGCAUUAAUGGAAGACGUGGAAUCUGAAGAAGGAACCAGUGAAGAGCCAGUGAAGAGAGCAGAAGAAAGUGAGGGCACAGACCUAGCAGAAGAGCAUCAGUUUUCGGACAUUGAGGAGUCAGAUGAUGAUGAUGAUAAUGAAGAUGAUGAUGAAGAAGAGGAAGAGGAGGAGCCAUAUAUGAAGUCUUUGGACACUGCAAGCACCAUUCCCCAAAUGGCUGGAUGUUCCAGAGCAGAGACCACAUUCUCACCGUUAGAAACUACUGCAAUGCAGGGAUCAAGUUUAACCAGUCACUAUUCAUUGAGUUACUCAGCGUCAUCAUCUCAGCUUCAAGCCGCACAGCUAACAAAAUCCUCAGAGUCACCUAUGGUUCCUGCAUGUCAUAGUGAAUCACAUAAGCAGGAAGGAAGCACUUCUAAUCCUUUAUUACCAUUGACUGAGCAAUUCUCAUCUGGACAAGGAGAUCCUCUGAUGAAAAGGCAGAGCAUCCUAGGUACAACUGUUUCAUCAUCAAUAGAUACAUCGCCUAGAAAGCCAUGGUCUCCAAACAGAGAUGCAUUACUUUCCCGUUCAGGAGGCAACAUACCAUCAGGAAAACACUCAUCACCAGAGAGAGAGGCAACUCUGGAAGAACACUCGUCCUCAAGAAAAGAGAUGUCACCUCAAAGACAUUUCUCUCCAGGAAGGGAAUUGUCACCCAGGAGAUGCCUAUCACCAGGCAGAGGCAUAUCACCAAGAAGAAACUUGUCUCCAGGAAGGGAAGUGUCACCUAAGAAAUGCCUGUCACCUGGGAGAGUUUCACCCAGGCUGCAUUUGUCACCAGAAAGAGAAAUAUCACCCAGACGAACUUUGUCAUCAAGAUACCUAUCUCCAGCAAGAGAUGUCUCUCCAAAUAGGCAGUUGUCACCACUGAGUAAAGAAUCACCUCUCGGACACGUUUCCCCAGUGAAAGAUGAACCACCAAGCAGAUGCCUAACACCUAUUUGGCAGAGUAGCCAAGGCUCUGCUUUCCUUGCACAGCACAGUAGCUCUCCUUCAUUGGGUCUACCUCAACAGAAAUCCAGCAAAGAGCAGGAGAAAUCUGAACUGAAAAUGAUGUCUCGAAUGGGAUACCGCAGCUUCUGUGAAGAACCAAGUACAUCAUCCCAAGCUUUGCAUUUUUGCUUUUCGAGGAAUACUCAGACACCACUGGAUGGACAAAGUUACUGUGGGCUAACUGGGAGCACACAUGAUUAUGUUUUCAGUCACCUUCCUCUGCACUCACAACAGCUGGUCAGAACACCCUAUCCCAUGAUCCCAAUUGGUGGCAUUCAGAUGGUUCAGGCAAGGCCGGGCUAUCACUCAGGUUUGGUGCCUUCACAAGUUUCUCUACAAUCGGGGUUUCCUGUAAGUCUAUCUGCACCCAAGCCACUUAGUACAAGCAAGUCAGAGGCCACAGUAUAUUUAGAAGAAGCAUCCAAAUCAUCUGAAGCAACAUCUUCUGAAUCUUUGCCUUUACAGUUAUCUUCUGCUCCCAUGGCACCUCUUAUAAUGACAUCUUCUCUGACCAGGAGUGGGAAACAGAGUGUCACUUUACAGAGGACAGAGAUUGCUGAGUUAGAAGAAGCAGCAGAAUGCAGACAGGCGGAAUACAGGGUACCAAUUUAUUCUGAACCCAGCACUAUUGCAGCUCUGAGCCGCUCAGGAAAAGAAGCUGGCUCAGUCAGACUGGACAGCCCCAGCACCAGCCAUGAGCACUCUCCAAAGCCUUCAACAUGUGGUGGAGGAACCUCAAAGGAUUUGAGCAAGAAGCAGUUUGGAUGUUCGGACACCUACUAUGAGUCGGCCUGCACUUUAACCACCAUGCACCCUUUACAAGGAAGCAGUGGUAGCAGCUCAGCGGAAUCUUUGAGUCCUUCUCACUCUUUCCAAACUGGUGCUGACAGGACUACUUCAAGUGGACAGUGUCCACCAGUUAGAAUGCAAAUGGGAAGUCGCUCUGAGUCUAAGGGUGAAGACUUCAAGCACCUUGAUACACAAAAGGACAAUGAAACAGGAAGCUCAUAGCAACCACCACCAUGCAAAUUUGCCAAUGAAGAAAAUGGGACGGCCUUGGUCAUAGGAUGAUGGGGCAGGAUUGGUCAUAGGGCGAUGGGACGGCAUUGGUCAACACUAGUUUCCUUCAGCUACUCACAGAUGUUGUUCAAAUGAAACAUUCACCUAUUAUAUAUGUUAACAUGACCAAAAUUGUCAGAAGAUUCCUGUUUAAAAUUGUCCAAAUCCAGUAUUAUUUAAACGUACAGUUACUCGUGCCUUUCUCCCUUAUUUUGUGUCUCCAAAUGUAUAAAAAAAGGGGUGGAUUUGGGUGGGGAGGGUUGGGGAGAAAAAGAAAAACAUAUUGAGGCUGUGAAUAUUUUUAAGAGCGACGUGAUCGAUUCGUAGUAGUUGUCUUUUUUUUCCCCAUUUGAAAUGUCCAUGGGUACAAUGAUGUGAAGCAAAAGGGAAAAAAAUAACAUUAGUGUGAUGAUGCACUGAAGACUUAUUUUUAUAUAGAUCAAAUGUAAACUGCUCCUGUGUACAGAAAUAAUUCUAUAAGGCAUAUUUAUUGUAGUCUGUAUUUAAUUGUUUAUAAAUGGAUUCAUUUCCCAGCAUCCUGGUGGUCUUUAUGUGAGCUUUUUAUCGCUUCUUAAACAAAAAUUAUUACAAAAGAAAAAAUACUUUAUUUUUUACCGUGGUUGUGUUUACCCUUUUGCAAUGAUUGACUCAAAGCACUUAAGCUAUCCUGUAAGGAUUCUUUCACAUAAAACCCCCUCCAUAAGUCUGGACAGAGUGCAAUUUCCAAUGUUGUAGAUGACAUUGUCAAUAAAUAUAUACGGCUAAAGUACAGCUGGGAUCAACAGCACAGAACCCAGAUCUUUUUUUAAUUGGAAAAAGCCUUUUUUAAAUCAAACUUAAACCCAAUAGAUCAACCGUAGGUAUAUUGAUCAAAAAUCCAAAUCUCUAUGUCAGCAACCAUGAAUAAUCUGCUGGAUAGUAAUUGGGAGAGAAUGGCGAUUUGGACCUUUGGCUCCCAAAGCUCUCUAUGCAUGAAGCAGGAUUCCUUGCAUCAUGUCUGAAUCUGUUGCAAACUAAAUCAUGGAGCUAAAUUCCCAGAAAACAUUCAGAAACUUCAUUAUCAUUAAUUCAUGUGACUACCAGGAUGGGACAGGGCUAACCAGAUCGACCAUUUUUCUCUUGUCUAGCACUGUUAAUAACUUUGAGAUGCAGAACCUUUUAAUAAGAAGUCGUAGGAUGCACAGUUCCCAAUCCAAAGAUGCUUUUGGAGAACCUUUUACUCGUUCUAAUUUUUAAUGUGUGUCGUGGCCUUUUUGGGAUGAGGGUGGGCUGAGGUUUGCGGGUGGUGAACGAUGGGGGAAUUGAGAGAAGGCUGAGGUCUAUUAUGGGUGGACUGCCCUAUCAGCAGUGUCUUUUUUAGUACCUUGCCUCAAAAGUAAAUUCUUUUGUCCACAGUAUGCCAUAUUUUGAUUAGUUCUAAUGAAUGUAAUAUAAAAAAUAUAAUGUAUGUGUAAUGCACUUGAAAGCAUUUCAGACACUUUCCGAUGGAAUCUAGUUGAUGUGAAAGAGUUCUUAAGUUUUAUAUUUGCUCUAAUGACAUUCCAUCAUUUUGGCUGCACUUAAAAAUGCUUAAGCACAGUAUUAUUUUAAAUUUAGUUAGCUAAUGUAAAGCUAGAAGUUCCCCAUCAAACUGUAGCAGUUCAGGGUUUACCUAGGUCAUAUUUAUUUUGUAUUUGUGGAUGUGAAUGCCCAUCUUACUGCCCAUCCUGAUAUGUCAUUAAUAUGGCAAUGGUAUUAUUAAAUCUUGAGGUACAUAAGGAUUUUACCCAUGUACCCAUGGGUCUUUUCACUUUACCAUAUUUUCCCUUUUUAUUAAGAAAAUGGCCAUCUCUAUGCAUUCUGUAUGUUUAUCUUUAGAAGGCACUCUGUUACAGCCUGGUAAACCUCGUUCCGCUAUGCAUGUGAUGAUCUUAAAGAGACAGAUUCCCUGCGUCACAACUUCACAUUCUUUGUGUCACUUCACUCAUGUUCCAGUGAAAUUUCGAAUGCUGAAGAAUCGCAUUACCAAUAUCAGGCUUGUUGAUUGACUUUUCGAAUGAAUUGCUCAAUUUUUUUACAAAAUUGAUGGAAAAAUUGGAAAAUGAACACGUUAUCACUUAGCUCGCAAACCCAGAUCUGCACGAGGUGCAAUGGAAAAGGAUGCUGUCUCUUUAAAAGCAAAAAAAAGCCAAAGUUCUUGGCACUCUUGAAGACUUUAUAUGGAAAAUAAGAAGCAAGAUCUUAAAAUGUACACUUGCAUGAUAUCAGCAGUUUGGCACUUAAUCCCAUUUUAAUUCCUGAACUGUUAAUGGGAUAUCUGUAUUGGUAAAUUUGAUAUUUUUCAAGAAUAUUGAUUGUUCUCCUUUUCAGAGGUUGUGUGUAAUCUUAAAAAUUGUCAGUUUAAAAGAUAGUUUCUAUACAUUUUGUUUAAAAAAAAUAAUGGCAAUACAUUCCAAAAAAGAAAAUUGUAAAUAUGUAUAGUUCUACUAUGUAAUUGGUAAGAUUGCCUGGAAUUAUUUUGAAACACCAAUUUCUAAUACUGCACCUUGCAACACUUGUAUAGGGUAUAUCCAUAGAUAAAUGCAGGUAACAAAAGCACAGAGCUGGUUGUAAAAUAAAUGGAAAUAAAUUUUAAAAAAGAGAAAAAAAAUUAAGAAAAAAAACAAACAGAAAUCUAGAAGUCAGUAUUUGAUGUCUGUGAUCUCUAUUGUAUAUCUACACAUCUGUACUGUGAAUGGAAAUGUUUUUCACAAGGAUUAUAUUUGUCUUUACCACAUUUCAAAACUGGGAAAGGAGUCAGACAUCUUUUUUAAAAGCAUGUUGGAAUAAAUUUUACAAACUCGA